AUGCGUCUUCUCGUUUUUGUGACUUUAUUUGGAGUCCUUCUCGACGCAGGAGAUGCCCUUCAGAUCCAGUGCUACCAGUGUGAGGAGAUGAAGCAAAAUGACUGCUCCACGCCAGACUACAUCGUCAACUGCACCGUCAAUGUACAGGACAUGUGCCAGAAGGAGGUUCUGGUCAAACCUGAUGGAAUACAUUAUCGGAAGUCCUGUGCCUCCUCUGGAGCUUGCCUCAUCGCCUCCUCCGGCUACCAGCAGUUCUGCACCGGCAGGCUGAACUCAGUCUGCAUCUCCUGCUGCAACACCCCGCUCUGCAACGGGCCCAGGAGGAAACGCCCAGUCCUGUCGGCGGCCACGUCCAACCAGCCCCUUCACCUCUUCAUGACCUUCUUCCUGCCGCUGCUGAUGCUCCUGUCUGUGACGUAG